UCCCUUUUGGGCUAGCUCGUGUGCAUGCAAAGGGGACAGCUUUACUACUAAAUCAGUCAUCCUUCCGCUUCCCCGGCAUCUUUUCCAGCUUCUUCUCUCUCUCUCUCUCCGGAACUCCAUGGCCGCCACGAACAACGCUGCUGCAGCUGCCGCCGCCACCGAGACGCUGCCUCUGAAAGACCGGGUGGCCAUUGUAACCGGCUCCUCCCGUGGGAUCGGCCGCGACAUCGCCCUCCACUUCGCCUCCCUCGGCGCCAAGGUCGUGGUCAACUACACCUCCCCCGGCUCGUCCAUGCAGGCCGGCAAGGUUGCGGCGGAGAUCAACUCCUCGAACCCCGGCUCGGCCAUCUCCGUCCGUGCCGACAUCUCGGACCCGGACCAGGUGAAGUCCCUCUUCGACGCGUCCGAGGAGGCCUUCAAGUUGCCGAUCUACAUCCUGGUGAACUCCGCCGGCGUCCUCAACCCCAAGUACCCCACCAUCGCCAAUACCUCCGUCGACGACUUCGAUAAGACCUUCAGUGUCAAUGUAAGAGGGGCAUUCUUGUGCUGCAGAGAGGCCACGAACCGGCUAAAGCGGGGUGGCGGAGGCAGGAUCAUAAUGCUGACCUCGUCGUCGGUGGGCUCGCUGAGGCCGAAGUUGUCGGCAUACACCGCCUCGAAGGCGGCUGUGGAGGUGAUGGUCAAGAUCCUGGCCAAGGAGCUCAGGGGCACCCGCAUCACUGCCAACUGUGUCGCGCCGGGCCCCAUCGCGACCGAGAUGUUCUACGCUGGGAAGACCGAGGAGAUGAUUAAUAGGUCGAUCGACCAGUGCCCGCAAGAGCGGCUCGGCGAGACCGAGGAUGUCACCCCUCUUGUCGGGUUCUUGGCCACCGAUGCGGCGGAAUGGGUUAAUGGACAGGUGAUUAGAGUCAAUGGUGGAUAUGUGUAGGUCGAUUGAUGCAAGCUCAGGACUGUGUCUUUCUCGUAUGGAAAGAUGGCCUGAAAUUUGUGACCUUUACUUUUGGUAUUCUCUGUGUUUUUCUUUCUGUCUAAUUGAAACGAUGAUCCAUUUGUUCU